UUAGGGUUUCUGGUGGACGAAACAGAAGGAGCAGGUGGCGGCUGGAAAGAAGAAAGCAAGAGGAAAGAAGAAGGAAAAGAAAGAAAGAAAGGAAGGAAAAUAGAGGAGAUAAUGUGCAAGGAAGAUCGGGUAAUCGCGGCACCAUAGUAAUGAAGAUCUUUCCUCUCCUAUAAAAGGAGAGCCCGAGGAAGAAGAAGGUGGGUUCGAAGGGGGAUUCGCAGAAGAGAGAAAAAGAUCUGAGAGAGCGAGAAGCUUAGCGGCGAACCCUUGGAAGAGAGAAUCCGAGUGAGAGAGAGAGCCCGAAACAGAGGAAACCAAGAGUGGGAACAAGAAAGCAGUAGGGUGGCCGAGAAAGGAGGCUGACUCCAGGAGCGGACCUUCGCCAUCACGGGUUCACCAAAGUACUUCUUCAGUUUCAACUAUAUUUCCAGCUCAAGAUUGCCAUAAUGGACAAUAUCGUAGAUUCAUUAAACACUGCAUAUCAGGAGUUUGUUGCUGCAGCGGCAAAUGUGCUUGAGGCCAAGGAAAUUUCUGGUGGCCAGAAAACAACAGCCACUGAUGCUGCUCUAGAAAACUUCAAGCAAAAGUGGGAAUUGUUCAGGGUGGCUUGUGAUCAGUCGGAGGAGUUUGUGGAAUCUGUCAAGCAGCGGAUAGGAUCUGAGUGCCUGGUGGAUGAGGCAACUGGCUCAACGGCUGGAAAGACGGGGCUUGCUGCGACAGCUAGUCUUUCUCCAAUCAGUGCAGUUCGAUUGGAACAGAUGAGCAAAGCUGUUCGAUGGCUGGUUAUUGAACUGCAACAUGGUACUGGAGCACCUGCUGGUUCAGCACAUGCCCAUCCUUCUGCCCCUUUUGACGCUAGAUUCUCUGAAGAUGGUGCUCAAUAGGUGGAGCCAUGGAGGGCAGCCUGACUACAGCACGAGUUAACAGGAAACACAAAGGAGUUAGUGGGAAAAAAAUGUUGAAUUGGUUCUUGAGUUGAGCCUGUACCAAUCUGCACGAGAUGCUUAAAAGGUUAAUCAUAGUUUUGACUUAUGGCUGAUAUUCAGAGAGAUUGCCGAUUGCAAAAGUCUCACAAAAAAGGAAUAGGUUUAAUUGAAUGUUUGCGUGUUUGUGUAUCAUCUUUAUUCAUAUACUAGGUCUUUCUAGAUCUUUACUCUUUCCUCCUAUCAGUUUGGGGAGUUGAGGGAGUGAGAGCUUUCAAAUGCAGUUUAAAACAUUCAAUUACCAACUACAGCCUCAUAACUUAGUCAUGCUCUGUGUACUUGGCAAUUUUACAACUAUUAGGUUCAGUUAGUAUAUUGUAUACUCUGCAACUUCCUCUCGGGUUUUAACUGUCAAAAUUCAAGAAUAAUUUUUACA